UUACAGUGUUUGUUUACGUUAGAACACACUUCAUCCAACACUGUUGUCAAGAAUGGUUCCUCCAUACACUCUUCAGUUAUUCAAAGUGACAGCGAUAUGGUGCGACUCAGAAUCAGGUGCCGGUGUAUUACCCUGGCUGUCAUAGUCUCACAGGUUUUUGUGGGAUUGUGGUUCUUCUCACAACGCCUAGAUCCUUCUAAGCAAUUUCUGAGGCGCUUGUUGAAUGAAGGUGGGCAAAGCAUUUUACAUUUAACAGAUCAACAAAUGUCUCACUAUUAUAGUUUCUUGGGGAAAGAAUUUUGUGUGAAAGAGGGAACACUCUUAAAACAGAGCUCUGAAGGCAACUGCAUCUGCAAAGUUGGCUGGAGAGGACAAAGAUGUGGGGUGCCUGAAGUAAUACAGAGAGCUGAGUGGAUGCAAAAUCCAGAACUCACAAAAAACUUACAACUUAAGAGAAGAGUAAGGCGAGUCAUACUCGUGACACCAUUUUCUUGUGAAUUUGAUAUAUUUGAAACUAAUAUGAAUGAACUUGAUGAGCUUAUAGAUGCAUUUGUUAUUGGGGAAACUAAUUACACUUUAUGUGAUACAAAGAAUUCUCCUCCUCUUUUAAAUAAACUGAAAAAUGGAUGGCUUAAAGAAUAUCAGAACAAGAUCAUAUAUGUGCCUGUGAAUGAUAAACAUUUGAAGAAUUCUUCCUUCAUGCAAAAUCUUGUUCAGUCUGGUUUACGUUUAGUUAGUGAUGUCCGCCCGGAUGACCUGCUCAUUCUGACAAAUGGUGAAGAGAUUCUGAGUCGUGAUGUGGUUGUCUUUCUGAAAUUCUUCCAUGGUUACCCAUUACCAAUUAAGUGUAAUUAUAAGAAUUAUCUGUAUGGAUUUUACUGGCCUAUGUCAAAAGGCAAAACUAAUACAACAGCCCCUCAAAUGUGUGCUGUAUCUUUCCAAUUUUUAGCUAAUGCCUUUGAGUAUCAAGUAUCUCGUCUACAAGAUGGAAAUGUACUAGAAGAGGAUCUUAAUUUCUUUACUACCAAUGAACAGCCUGUUGUUGAAUGGACUAUUUCUGAAGCUGGGUGGAGAUGUCACCUUUGUCUCUCAGUUCAAAAUAUUUUCAAUAAAUUCCUUACCUAUCCUCACAGUAGUCAGCCAAAAUGGUUCACAGAAUCCUCUCCCAGUAUGGUGCCUUUUAUUCAGCGACUUAUCAAAUUUGGUCAAGAUGAAAAUCUUGAUCCUGUUGGAAAUGGAGAACUUCCACAGCGUGAAAACUUACCUUCAUAUUUGUGGAACCAUAAGGAGAACUUUGUUCACCUGAUGAAAAAUCCUUAUGAGACAGUGUCCAUCCAUAACUUUGUUUAGUGCCUUUCCUACCACUCAUUGUCCCAAAGGAGUAUGAAGGUACAGUAGGUAAUUUUUUAUUUUAAGAUUCAUUGAUACCUGAUAUUUUAUUCAUUAGUGGCUUCUGAUAUUACCAAUGUGACCUUUUUGAAAGAAUUUAUUCACCUUGUUUUUAAAGGUUUGUUGUAUGUGCAGCACAUCUUAAGAGACUUUUUCAGUGUGUAUAAAUUGUUGCCACUGCUUUCCUGCAAUGAAACUUUACAUUCAUUCUUGGUGAAUGUUAAAUGUAUAAACUGUUGAUAAUUAUUACCAAACAUAAACAUAUGUACUGUAAAUUGUUAAUUUCCCUGAUAUAGUAAUGACUGUUGUAGUGUGUAAAUACAUAUACUGUAUAUAAUAUUUUUAUCACAAAACUAGUUAGAUAUUUUGAUACUGUAUAGUACAUACUGUUUUUUGAUAACCAAAAGUAGGAAUGUUUGUCCUAUAAUCUGCAGACUAUAAUGGCUUGAAAAAAUUGAUCUAAUCAAAAGGCUUAGGAGAGAUUAAGAUAUAGUUCUGCAUUGCAAGCCGGGAGAGUUAUAUCAUGUUGUUAUAUUUUUGCAUGUAAUUGAAGUCUCUUGUAAGCUGUGUGUUGGUAAAUUUCUUUUAUGUAUACCAGGUAGCUACACAAUACAAGCAUAUCUUUUAUUAACUAACAGUACAAAUAUAUCUUGGAAUCACUGAAAAUGGGAAAAGUAUGAAAAUAGUGAAAUCAGAGCUUGUGCAAUGACUACCAGUCCCAACAGUUAACAUAGUCCUCAAGAUUGACUUGUGAGGUAUACUAAGAACCUCCAGGCAGAGCUUGCUUUUGCCUGAGCUGUGUAUAAUUCUUAGUAGCUACACACUAUCUGCAUGAGCACUGUUUACACUGCAAGCAACCUUCACAGCCAGUCAAUCUAGAUUCAGAUGCAGAUUGGUGGUUGUUCCAAAGACCUGUGAGGCAUUAGGUCAGGAGAUGUCAACUCUCAGAAGGUUCACUCCUUUUCAAACCCUUCUCAACUACAUGAGAUCAUGACCCAGUCUUCCCAGUAACCUUCCACUUACAACAGAACACACCCUUAUCCUUGAUUCCAGGUGGACUUAAUGAAAACAAUAAAUUGUUAAUUUUUUAAUUUGUUUUAUCUCUAUAGUAAUAUUUCACAAUACAGUAUUAGCAUAUGCCAUAUUUAAGUGACCAGUUGUUGUGCUGGAUUAAUGUUCUUAUUAUUGCAUGUAACUGUAGUAAAUUACUGGUGGCAGCCAAUAAAGGGAGGGCUUAUUCUACAGGUGAUAAAUACACAAAGUUGCUCAGUCCUCAAUUGGUUCAAAUUGAGAAGUAAGGAAGGAUACAUUAGUUAUGAUCUAACCGGUUGUAAAAAAAAAAUCAUAAGCUCAUUUGGCAGCAGGGUAAAAAUUGUGCAUGCAAAAUCCAGGUUCAGGGGACUCAUGUACUGUACAGUGUAGCCAGAUAAGUGUACAGUUUAAAAAUCAUUGACUUUGUUGACUGGAACUAAUUCAAAAGUUAAGUUAACCUUCCCAUCAUAACCCAAAUCUUUUGAUAAAAAAAAAGGAGCCUGAGUGAUGAAAAUUACUACUGGUACUUAAUCCUGAAGGCUAGGAUCUUCAAUCACACCAACACCUUCCCUGCUUGACCCUCACAUAACUUGGUUACAAGAUAUCAUUUCACAGGUUGACCCAUAGUUUAAGGCAACUGCGUUUAAUAUAUGAAUCCCCCUGCCUCUCAAAACUUAGUUAAUAUUUUAAAGUGCUGCAUUCAGGUUUUGGCUUUGACAACUCCUGAACUGAAGCUUCACUGGUCCUUGAGAUAACCAAUGAUUUUUGGGUGUUACUCUCAAUUGCCUGAGUGAAAAAUCAGCAGCAUAGAUAUUGUCCAAAUGAAUGUACAGUACUGUAUCCUGCUGCUAAGUGUCGCAUGCUUCCAAGGCAGUAGUGUUGAAGGGUACUAAGUGGUAGUACUGUAUAUGUAUCUUAAAGGUCAUUUGUUCUAUUCUCUUGGCCAUAAAUUGGAAUUUCAAGCAUUAAUCCUUAAAUUUUUUAAUAUAUAUACAGGGUGCUUCGGAAAUAAAUUUCCCAAUUCUGGGGGUGUAUUCCUCAGGCAUACAUAAGGAGUCAGAACGUAUGACAGUUAGGUUAGGUGAAAUAUCCAGUGUUGUUAGCACAAUUUAUUUGCAAUCCUAUGCAAUCUGAUAUGGGUUGUACAGGAAAUGUUCAAAAUUCAUGCCCUCUUCCAAAGCGCAGGCUUCAACCUAUCGUAAAAGUGACUAGGGUAUCAUUACAAGCUCUAAGACUCCAGGGGUGUUCCGAAGGCUGGAUAUUUCAUUUAUGCUCCAUAUAUUUUAUCACAUUCCAACUGUCAUGUGUUGUAACUCCAAAACUAUGUGGUAUGAUACUAUGGUCAUGGAGUCAUUAUGUAUUUCUGAGGAAUACACUCCCAGAAUUAUGAAAUGUACUGUAAUUCCCAAACACCCUGUAUUCAAAUUGGGCUUUUACUGUGUGUGAAAAUUAAUGAAAUACAUUUAUAUUAGCCCUCUGUUGUCCGUCAUAGUUAGACUAGAUAUCAUUCUAUAAGAAGGGAAACAAUAGAUAAUAUGACCACAGACAUAAUAUGUAAUAUGGUUACAGACAUAAUAAUUAUGUAAUAUGGCAACAGACAUAAUAUGUACCCUAAUAUGGUUACAGACAUAAUAUGUAAUAUGGUCACAGACAUAGUAGGUAAUAUGGCCACAGACACAAUACGGUAGGUAUUAUGGUCACAGACACAAUAGGUAAUAUGGUCACAGACACAAUAGGUCAUAUGGUCACAGAGAUAAUAGGUGAUUGAAACCUGAACAGUAAAAGAGAUGAUGCAAUCAGAACUUUGUGAAAGCUUUAUGGCUAAUGCAUAUCAUUGCAUUUUUAUUUUGUCUAUGCAUUAAUUGCCUAGAUAUUUGUUCAAAAACUUUUCCUAGAGUAAUUGAUUUUGUUGUCACCCAGGGAAUGCAGUAUACUGUACUUUACUUUGUACGUAUUUGUAAAGAGCUUUCAUUAGGACAAAUUGGUAGAGUUAGUGAGGAAGAGGAAUGGUUGUAAAUUUUUUGUAUACAUCAGUAAAGUAUAAUGUACAGUACACCCAGUCCUCGCUUAACAUUCUCCCAGACAACGUUGCUACUCUUUAGAUAUUCACGGUUCCGACAACGUUGUUUCAUGACCCGACCGAUUCGUUAUAACGUUGUCACCCAACACGGACUACUUUGUAUGGCUCGCCACGCUCUCUCAUCUUGGCGCGCUACUCUCUCUCACGGAGCGUCACAGCGUCCCCAAGCGUUUUCUGCUCAGUCUUUGUUAAGUUUCCACAGCAUACGUGCAUGCUUAAGUGUUUUUGCUCUAAAUACUGUACUGUAACCAUUCAUAAUGGCUCCCAAGUCCCCAUCAAGUGUUAGUGAUGCUAGUGAGGAGGAGCGAACAGCAGCCAAAGGUGGGAAGGGGAGCCCCCUCCAGGUCUCAGUGACUCGCCUCCCUCCUCCUCUCCACUACCCACCACACACUCGCUCCACCUCUGCCCAUCUAUGAGUACAAUACAAAAUUUAUGGAUAUGUAAUGUAUUUUAUGGGGCAAAGGGAGGCUGGGGAACAUAGCUAGCGUAUUUUAUCUAUUUCUUAUGGGAAAAUUGAUUCCGUUAGCGUUGUGUUUUACAAGAAGGUAACCACGACGUUAAGCGUGGACUGGGUGUAUUUGAAAAACAACCGAGUGGAAUGAGGUGUUGACAUAGCCAAAAGAACUUAAAGUAAUAAUAAAUGGAAGGAUCCUGCAGGAAACAUUUUCAUACUAAUUAAUCAAACUGAGUUAUAUACAGAACAGGUAUUGCAAGUUUAUUUACAUUAUAGGAUGAAUCAUUUGAAUUAUAAAUGAAAUGUGAUUGUUGAAUAUAAAUUUUAUUAAAAAUUUUAUUCCUAUAGGUUGAGGUAUAGAAUAUGCUGUGACCUUUUUUUCUGACAAUUGGAGUUGCUCUCCUGUUUUUCCACUAAUGUAAUGUAAAGUUACAGCAGCUUAAUAGAUAUCAAAUCAUUGUUUUGAUGUACUAAACUUAAGAUAAGAAAAAGACUUUGAGUCUGAAUACUCACAUUAUAUGGUGCUACCAUACUCUCAAGUAUAAGGUUACUUUC